AUGAGCUACCAGCAGCAGCUGGCCAACUCGGCAGCCAUCCGCGCCGAGAUCCAGCGCUUCGAGUCCGUGCACCCCAACAUCUACUCCGUCUACGAGCUGCUGGAGCGGGUGGACGAGCCGGCGCUGCAGGGCCAGCUCCGCGAGCAUGUCAUCGCCAUCGAGGAUGCUUUUGUAAAUAGCCAGGAGUGGACACUAAGUCGAUCUGUACCAGAACUGAAAGUGGGAAUUGUGGGGAAUUUAGCUAGUGGCAAGUCUGCACUUGUGCACCGGUAUCUGACUGGCACAUAUGUCCAGGAGGAAUCACCUGAAGGUGGGAGAUUCAAGAAAGAGAUAGUAGUUGAUGGACAAAGCUAUCUGCUGCUGAUUAGAGAUGAAGGGGGCCCUCCAGAGGCACAGUUUGCCAUGUGGGUCGAUGCUGUUAUAUUUGUCUUCAGCUUGGAAGACGAAAUAAGCUUCCAGACAGUUUACCACUACUACAGUCGUAUGGCUAACUAUCGUAACACUAAUGAAAUCCCAAUGGUACUAGUGGGAACCCAGGAUGCUAUAAGCUCUAAUAAUCCACGUGUUAUUGAUGAUGCCAGAGCAAGAAAGCUGUCGAACGAUUUGAAGAGAUGCACUUACUAUGAAACCUGUGCUACUUACGGGCUGAAUGUGGAAAGGGUCUUCCAAGAUGUUGCCCAGAAGAUUGUGGCAACAAGGAAGAAACAGCAGCUUUCAAUAGGCCCCUGCAAAUCUUUACCAAACUCUCCAAGUCACUCGUCUGUGUGUUCUGCCCAGGUUUCUGCUGUACAUAUCAGCCAGACCAGUAAUGGAGGAGGGAGCUUAAGUGAUUAUUCCUCCUCUGUUCCAUCAACUCCAAGCACCAGUCAGAAGGAGCUACGGAUUGAUGUUCCUCCCACUGCCAACACUCCAACACCCGUUCGUAAACAGUCCAAGCGCCGCUCCAACCUCUUCACGUCUCGGAAAGGGAGUGAUCCAGACAAAGAGAAGAAAGUCCUGGAGAGCAGAACAGAUAGCAUUGGAAGUGGCCGUGCAAUCCCAAUUAAACAGGGUGUGCUGCUAAAGCGAAGUGGCAAGUCAUUGAAUAAAGAGUGGAAGAAGAAAUACGUUACGUUGUGUGACAACGGUGUACUGACCUAUCAUCCCAGUUUACAUGACUAUAUGCAGAACGUUCACGGAAAAGAAAUCGACCUUUUGAGAACUACUGUGAAAGUGCCAGGAAAGAGGCCACCUCGAGCGACGUCAGCUUGUGCACCCAUCUCCAGUCCCAAAACCAAUGGUAUGUCCAAAGACAUGAGCAGUUUACACAUCUCUCCUAAUUCAGGAAAUGUGACUACUAGUACGUCUGUGUCUCAGAUGGCAAGUGGGAUCAGUCUAGUCUCCUUCAACAGUCGCCCCGAUGGUAUGCAUCAGCGUUCCUACUCAGUUUCCAGUGCUGACCAAUGGAGUGAGGCGACAGUCAUUGCAAACUCUGGCAUCAGCAGUGAUACUGGUUUGGGAGAUUCUGUGUGUUCAAGUCCAAGUAUAUCCAGUACCACAAGUCCCAAACUGGAUCCUCCUCCCUCCCCUCAUGCCAACAGAAAGAAACAUCGUAGGAAGAAAAGCACUAGCAAUUUUAAAGCUGACGGUAUCUCAGGCACUGCUGAAGAACAAGAAGAAAACUUUGAGUUUAUUAUCGUUUCUCUCACCGGCCAGACCUGGCACUUUGAAGCGACCACAUAUGAAGAAAGAGAUGCGUGGGUACAAGCCAUAGAGAGUCAGAUCCUGGCCAGUUUACAGUCGUGUGAGAGCAGUAAGAAUAAGUCCCGACUGACAAGUCAGAAUGAGGCCAUGGCCCUUCAGUCAAUAAGAAACAUCAGAGGCAAUUCUCACUGUGUGGACUGCGAGGCACAAGACCCUGACUGGGCCAGUCUGAAUCUGGGAGCCCUCAUGUGUAUUGAAUGCUCAGGUAUACACCGGAACCUUGGCACGCACUUGUCACGUGUCCGGUCACUUGACCUGGAUGAUUGGCCUAUAGAACUCAUCAAGGUGAUGUCAUCCAUUGGGAACGAAUUAGCAAACAGUGUCUGGGAGGAGAGUAGCCAGGGACGAAUGAAACCCUCUUCAGACUCCACAAGGGAAGAAAAAGAGCGCUGGAUACGUGCUAAAUAUGAACAGAAGCUCUUCCUUGCCCCGCUGCAGUGCCUGGAACUUUCUUUAGGCCAGCAUCUGCUACAAGCUACAGCUGAUGAGGACUUGAGGACUGUCAUCCUGCUCCUGGCCCAUGGAACCCGGGAAGAAGUGAAUGAGACCUGCGGAGAUGGGGAUGGGCGCACAGCCCUUCACUUGGCAUGUAGGAAAGGAAAUGUAGUGUUAGUUCAGCUCUUAAUUUGGUAUGGCGUGGAUGUUAUGGCGCGUGAUGCCCAUGGGAACACGGCGUUAGCCUAUGCCAGGCAAGCCACAGGCCAGGAAUGCAUUGAUGUUCUCCUGCAGUAUGGCUGCCCUGAUGAGCGCUUUGUCCUGAUGGCUACUCCCAAUUUGUCCAGGAAGAACAAUAACAGGAACAACAGCAGUGGAAGAAUGCCCACCAUCAUCUGA